UAGGACAAAUACCUCUUUUGGUACAUGUGCAUGCAUUGUUCUUAUCAUAACUUCGAUUAUAGACCAUUGUUAACAACUUAAAAUAUUGUAAGUGUAAACAAGUGUAUAUUUUCAAAUAAAAAAGCAGGAAAAAUGAAAGUAAACGGGCCCUUACUUAAAUUUUUGUCUAUUUCGCAUUACUAUCGACUUUUCAUUUCAUUAACUCAUAAAGUGGUCUAUUUUCCAUAUAUCUCUUUCCAGGAACGCAUCUCUUGCUACAAUUAAUUGCUUAAUAUAACCCUUACACAUUCAUGGAUUGAUUUCAUUUAUUCCAUUCACUUGUUUCAAAUAUGAAGCUUAUCAUGAACACGUCUUUGCAUCUUUUGUUUCUUUCCUUUUGUUUGAUCUCUUCAUUUGCUAGAGGAGCUACUCUCUUACAAGAAGAAGUACAAGUUAUGAAAGAUGUAGCUAAGACACUUGGGAAGAAGGAUUGGGACUUCAACAUAGAUCCAUGUAGUGGAGAAAAUAAUUGGACAACUUCUAGUCCAAUGAAAGGGUUUGAAAAUGCUGUCACUUGCAAUUGCACUUUUGCCAAUGCCACUGUCUGUCAUAUUGUUAGCAUUGUUCUCAAGUCACAAAAUCUUUCUGGCACACUUCCAAGGGAACUUGUGAGAUUGCCUUACCUCCAACAAAUUGAUCUCACAAACAACUACCUUAAUGGUACAAUCCCUCCACAAUGGGGUUCCAUGAAUCUUGUCAACAUUUCACUCAUAGGAAACCGAUUAACGGGUUCAAUCCCGAAAGAGCUUGGAAACAUCAGCACCAUGCAAAAAUUGAUUCUGAAGUUCAAUCAGUUAUCUGGAGAUCUUCCACCGGAGCUUGGGAAUCUUCACCAGCUUGAAAGACUGCUUCUUACCUCGAACUUUUUUACCGGUAAUUUACCUCCAACAUUUGCUAACCUCACUAAACUGAAGCACAUUCGACUUUGCGACAAUCAAUUUUCUGGAACUAUACCUCAUUUCAUUCAGAACUGGACAAUUCUUGAGAGGAUGGUGAUGCAAGGGAGUGGUUUGAGUGGUCCAAUUCCUUCUGGAAUUUUAAAUCUGAAAAACCUCACUGACUUGAGAAUAAGCGACUUGAAAGGAUCAGAUUCUCCAUUUCCGCAAGUUAUUGGCUUGAAAAAUAUUCAAACAUUAGUGCUGAGGAGUUGCAAUCUUAUAGGAGAAGUUCCCGACUAUCUUGGAAAUAUUACUACUUUAAAAUCUUUAGAUCUCAGUUUUAACAAAUUAACUGGACCGAUUCCGAACACCUUGGGUGGCCUGACGAGCAUAAGUAUGCUAUACUUAACUGGAAACCUUUUGACUGGACCGCUUCCAAAUUGGAUUGCUAAACUAGACUACACAGAUCUUUCGUAUAACAAUUUGAGCAUUGAAAAUCCAGAGCAGUUGACAUGUCAACAGGGAACCGUGAACUUGUUUGCAUCAUCUUCAAAGCGAAAUAACUUGGGAAGGGUUUCAUGUUUGGGGAACUUCAGCUGUCCUAAAACUUCGUACUCUCUCCGUAUAAAUUGUGGUGGUAAGCAAAUAACUUCUAAUGAAAGCUUGACGUAUGAUGAUGAUUCAAAUGAAACUGGACCAGCAGCAAGCUUUCACCUUAGUGAAACGAAUUGGGCACUUAGCAACACCGGCCACUUCUUUGAUACUAGCCUUAAGGAGGAUUACUAUACCUGGUCUAAUAAAAACCUUUCCAUCGACAAUGGUGAGUUGUAUAUGGAUGCACGGGUUUCUCCGCUUUCCCUAACAUAUUAUGGAUUUUGCAUGGGAAAUGGAAACUACACAGUAAAUCUCCAUUUUGCGGAGAUAAUGUUCGCCGAUGACCAAACAUAUAGCAGUCUUGGGAGGCGUAUAUUUGACAUCUAUAUUCAGAGAAGGUUGGUGCUGAAGGAUUUCAAUAUUGCAAAAGAAGCCGGUGGAGUUGGUAAAGCAAUCAUAAAGAAGUUCACUGCUAAUGUGACUAGUAAUACAUUGGAGAUUCGCCUUCAUUGGGCGGGGAAAGGGACAACCGGUAUCCCAUUUGAUUCAGUACAUGGUCCUCUUAUAUCGGCUAUAUCUGUUGAUCCUGACUUUACACCGCCGGUGGAAAAGGGAAGUAGCAUGCCUGUUUGGAAAAUUGCUGUGAUUGUUGCUGGAGGACUAGUUAUCUUACUGAUAUUUGGAAUAUAUUGGGGGAGAAGAUGUCGACGACAUAUAGGUCCGUUAGAAAGAGACCUAAAGGGUUUAGAUUUCCAACCUGGGCUAUUUACGUUACGGCAGAUCAAAGCAGCAACAAACAACUUUGAUAUUGCCUAUAAGAUUGGAGAAGGAGGGUUUGGUCCUGUUUACAAGGGUGUUCUUUCAGACGGCACAAUAGUAGCAGUUAAGCAGCUUUCUUCUAAAUCAAAGCAAGGGAACCGCGAAUUUAUAAAUGAGAUCGGCUUGAUUUCUGCUUUGCAACACCCUUGUCUAGUUAAGCUCUAUGGUUGCUGUAUGGAGGGAGAUCAGUUAUUGCUAAUAUAUGAAUACAUGGAAAAUAAUAGCCUUGAUUGUGCUUUGUUUGCCAAAGAAAACUGUCCAUUGAAAUUGACUUGGUCGACAAGGAAGAAAAUUUGCGUCGGUAUUGCUAGAGGUUUGGCUUACCUACAUGAAGAGUCGAGGCUUAAGAUAGUUCACAGGGACAUCAAAGCAACUAAUGUGUUGCUCGAUAAAGAUCUCAAUCCAAAGAUAUCGGAUUUUGGUUUGGCCAAGCUUAAAGAUGACGGACACACACAUAUAACUACUAGAGUAGCCGGCACUUAUGGAUAUAUGGCUCCAGAAUAUGCAAUGCACGGAUAUUUGACGGAGAAAGUGGAUGUUUAUAGUUUUGGAGUAGUUGCCUUGGAAAUUGUUAGUGGGAAGCACAACACCAUGAAUAGGCCAAGGGAUGAAUGCUUCUCUCUUGUUGAUCGGGUGCAUCUCUUAAAGGAAGAAGGUAACAUAAUGGACCUAAUUGAUGAGAGAUUAGGUGAAGAUUUCAACAAAGAGGAAGCAAUGAUCAUGAUCAAUGUAGCUCUUUUAUGCACUCGUGUUUCUCCGAUGCAUAGACCAACCAUGUCAUCAGUUGUAAGCAUGCUUGAAGGACAAUCUGAUGUUGAAGAAGUUAAACAAGACACAAGCCAAGUUUUUGAAGGCAAUAAGUUGGAAAUUAUUCAACAGUAUCAUCAACAGUUGGAAAUUAUUCAACAGUAUUGUGAACAAAGUGAAAAAGUUUAUACACCUGAGACUCAAGAAGAGAGCAUCUUAAUAAGUGAAACUGCAGAAUUUAUGUCUCAUACAGAUAUGCGUUCUAUCAGCAUGGAUUCUCCUUAUAGAUUUUAAAAAAUAAACUAUAUAUAUAGAAAGAAACUGGAAGUAUAAACUUUAUCUUGGAAAUUCUGUAUUCAACUUAUUGAAAUAUUAAGGUCAAAUGCAUCUAAA